AUGUAUAGAGAAAGUGUUGAAAAGCCUUAUGAUUUUUGGUAUAAGGUAGCCAAUGAAAAUUAUCAUUGGAAGGAAAAGAAUUUUAGUUUAGAAGAACCUAAAAGUAUUCUAGAUUAUAAUUUUGAUUUGAGUAAAGGACCAAUUCAUAUUGAAUGGUUUAAGAAUAGUUUAACAAAUAUUUGUUAUAAUGCAUUGGAUAGACAUGUAGAAAAUGGAAAUGGAGAUCGUGUAGCCUUUUAUUAUGAAGGAAAUGAUAUUAAUGAUAAUCAUUCAACAAUUACAUAUAAGGAAUUAUUGAAACAAGUUUGUAAAUUUGGUAAUGUAUUAAGAAAAUUAGGAGUUAAAAAAGGUGAUCGUGUUGCAAUGUACAUGCCAAUGGUAAUGGAAUUAAUUAUAGCAGUAUUAGCUUGUGCACGUAUAGGUGCAAUUCACUCUGUUGUAUUUGGAGGAUUUAGUGCUGAAGCCUUAGCAAGUCGUUUAAUUGAUUCACAUUCUAAAAUUAUUGUUACAUCUGAUUAUGGUAUUCGUGGUGAUAAAUUAAUUGCUUUAAAACAAGCAGUUGAUGAAGCAAUUGAUCAUCAUUGUCAAGAUACUGGUUUUACUUGUGAAAAGGUAAUUGUUGUUAAUAGAAUGAAUUCAAAAAUUGUAUCAAUGGAUACAAAACCAAGUCAUUCAAUUUCAUCUCCACAAAUUCAUUGGUAUGAAAAACGUGAUGUUUUUUAUAAUGAUUUAAUGAAUGAUGAAACAAUAAGUGAAGAAUGUCAAGUUGAAUGGGUUAAAGGUGAAGAUGGUUUAUUCAUGUUAUAUACAAGUGGUAGUACAGGUAAACCAAAAGGUUUAUUACAUACUACUGCUGGUUAUAUGAUUUAUACUUCAACUACAUUUAAAUAUGUUUUUGAUUAUCAUGAAAAUGAUGUUUAUUGGUGUGGUGCUGAUAUUGGUUGGAUUACUGGUCACUCUUAUGUUAUUUAUGGUCCUUUAAUUUGUGGUGCAACAAGUGUUAUAUUUGAAGGUAUUCCAACUUAUCCAACUCCAUCUAGAUAUUGGCAAAUUAUUGACAAGUAUAAGGUUAAUCAAUUUUAUACUGCUCCAACUUUAAUUCGUACUUUGAUGAAAAUUGGUGAUGAACAUGUUAAAAAUGGUUCAACACGUGAUUCACUUCGUAUUUUGGGUUCAGUUGGUGAACCAAUUAAUCCAGAAGCAUGGUUAUGGUAUCAUAAUGUUAUUGGUAAUGGUAAAUGUGCUAUAGUUGAUACUUUUUGGCAAACUGAAUCAGGUGGUCAUUUAAUUACUCCAAUUCCAGGUUGUAUUACAACUAAACCAGGUUCUGCUACUUUCCCAUUCUUUGGUGUUCAACCUGCUGUUUUACCACCAACUAUAGAACCUCAAACACCUGCUGCAAGUGAAGAAUUGGAAGGUGAUUGUGAAGGUUAUUUGGCAAUUAAAUUCCCAUGGCCUGGUAUUGCUAGAACAAUCUUUGGUGAUCAUGAUCGUUAUGAAAAGACAUACUUUGGUAUUGUUAAUGGUUACUAUAUGACUGGUGAUGGUUGUAGAAGAGAUUCAGAUGGUUAUAUUUGGUUGACUGGACGUGUUGAUGAUGUUUUGAAUGUUAGUGGACAUCGUUUAGGUACUGCUGAAUUGGAAUCUGCAUUUGUUGCUCACUCUUCUGUUGCUGAAGCUGCUGUAGUUCCAUGUCCUCAUGAUAUUAAGGGUCACGGUAUUUAUUGUUAUGUUGUUUUGAAGGAUCAUGUUGAUAUUUCUGAACAAAAGAAACGUGAUGAAUUAUCUCAUGCUUUGAAACAAUGGAUUAGACAUGAAAUUGGUCCAGUUGCUACUCCUGAUUUUAUUCAUUUUGCUUUUAAGUUUGAGAAAGAUUGCUGAAGGUAGUGAAUCAUCUUUGGGUGAUGUUCUACUUUGGCUGAUCCAUCUGUUGUUGACGAUUUGAUUGCUACUCGUGUUGU